AUCGCGAGAGCUCGCUAUCGACUUGUUCCGACCAUCUGUCUGUUCAACCUCGGAAGCGCCACCCGCUACUCUGACCAUCAUCUGGGUUCGACGCGACCAAAUCGACACCGUCACCAUGCCUGCUCCUACAUACAUCAUCUCCAGGGUGGCCGAUCCCAUCUUCGCUCUCGCCAUUGGUCUCGGCGCUGCCGUGACAAGGAUCAACCGCGAAGAGAAGGACAAGGGAAGGUCGACUCAGGAGACCAUUGGGAUUGCCAAAAGACGUGUGAACAACUUCAUGGCGUCUCUGUGACCAAUCAAUAUCCUACUACAGACACUGCGGGCGGCCAGCCCUCCGUCGAUACAUGAAGAGCAGCUCCAUGCCACCCUCACAUAGCAACUAGCGACAGAUACCCAAUCAAUUUCCAUAAUCCG